AAAAUUAAGGAUAAAGUUAGGGUUUCCAAUUCCCAAUUCCCAAUUCCCAACAAACCAUGGUUUUCAAAUCCCACGAAAACUUGUUGCUUUAGAGAUAUCAUGUCUCUCUUUCCCUUCCCUUUCUUUCUUUUACUAUUAGUCUUAACAUUUUCCAAUUUAUCUUCUUCAUCAGCUGCAACUUUCCCCAAAAUCUCAAACAAAAACCUUACUGGUACUGCUGAUGAAUUAUCAGACUCCUCUUGUCCACUGAACUUCAAUGUUCUUCGUGAACUAGCCGAUGAAGCCCCUUUAAAGCUUGCUCUAAUUGAUGUUCCAAGGCAAUGCACAUAUAUUCGAAAAGGGCUCCUUUUUGUUCGAUCAGAAUAUCUUCGAACAAAUGGGUUCUUUUUUCCUCCUCCAGACACUUUAGAGGCUUGUUGGAACUCAUAUGGGAAGUUAGUAGCAGAAUACUUGCAUGGUUUUGAUGCUCAAGCUACUUGUGGAUAUCAUCCUGAAUGGAUUUCAGAGACUUAUAUGAAUAUUACAACUAAAGCACAAUUUGAAGCCCUAAUUCCCACAACGGAAUUGCAAGAAAUGACAGAUUAUUGUAACAGAUCUUUGGAUAAUACCUCUUCUUGUAAAUCUUGCACUCAAAAGUUGUCAAGUAUUGAAAAACUGUACCUUCAGGUUAGUCCUUAUGAUGAUGAUCUAACUGAGGAUGCUUCUGAUUAUUUGUUCAUGUAUGCAGCUGCUUUUAGCAAUAAACUUGGACCGGGCGAUUCAGCAACUGCAAAAUGCUUAUUCACGCUUGAAUUUUCUUGGCGGUUAACUUCUGAUAGGAAACGCAAAUCUGUGAUUUCAGGUGUUGUUUUAGGUUGCAUCAUUGGAGUUUUUGGUGCUGCUGUUUCAGUUUGGUUGUUUUGGAUAUUGCAUAAGAAAUAUGGAAAGAAAAAAAUGAGAAGUUCUGUUGAUUAUAAAGAUCAUGAGAGUAGUUUGGAAUUCGGAUUGGGAAAACUAUAUAGGAGAAGUGCUAAUUUAGUGAAAUUUAGAAUAGAUGAAAUUAGGGCUGCCACAAUGAACUUCUCAAGAAAUUAUCUAAUUGGAAAAGGAGGAUAUGGAAAUGUUUACAAAGGAACAUUACCGGAUGGUUCUCAAGUUGCAUUCAAAAGAUUCAAGAGCUGUUCAGCUUCUUGUGAUGCAACAUUUGCACAUGAAGUAGAAAUCAUUGCAAGUGUUAGACAUGUCAAUCUUGUUGCUUUAAGAGGCUAUUGCACUGCAACAGUUCCAAUGGAAGGUCAUCAGAGAAUUAUUGUAUGUGAUUUGAUGCAUAAUGGGUCUCUUUACGAUCAUUUAUUCUUAUCAGAAGAGAAUAACAAGCUUAGCUGGCCUAUUCGACAGAAAAUCGCGCUUGGAACAGCUCGCGGAUUAGCUUAUUUACACUAUGGAGUACAUCCUGCUAUAAUACAUAGAGAUAUAAAAGCUAGUAAUAUACUUCUUGAUGAUACAUUCGAACCAAAAGUUGCAGAUUUCGGCCUGGCAAGAUUCAAUUCUCAAGGAUUGACACAUUUAAGUACAAGAGCUGCAGGUACUCUUGGCUAUGUUGCUCCUGAAUAUGCCCUAUAUGGGAAAUUAACAGAAAGAAGUGAUGUUUAUAGCUAUGGAGUUGUACUUCUUGAACUUUUGAGUGGAAAAAAAGCAUAUGAAACUAAUCCUGAUGGAGAAGUUUCUCUUCUGACAGAUUGGGCUUGGUCUUUGGUUAAACAAGGUAGAGCAUUGGAUGUUAUAGAGGAGAAUAUACCUGAAUUGGGUUGCAGAGAAGUUAUGGAGCAGUAUGUUUUUAUUGCUGUUAUUUGUGCUCAUCCAAUACUGUCUGCAAGGCCAACAAUGUAUCAGAUUGUCAAAAUACUGGAGUCUAAUCUGCACUUAGCUCCCUUUUCUCUUGAAGCUUAUCCUAUUGGUAGUAAUAACAGUACAGUUAGCAGUGUCAGCUCAAAUUGUAUAACCUGUUCUUCCAUUACAGCAACCGAUCCAUGAAUGAAAUUAGUCAUAAUUGUCUAGUAAUUCCAGUAAAGAACGGCUCCAGGAAUUGAACUUGAAGAUUGAGAUCACUUACCACCCAAUCAACGUGUUGUUGGUUACCGAAUUGUUUGAUUGGAUUAAUUAGUCCAUUCUAUUAAUUGUUUUCCCUCAUGUUAAUGUGAAAAUUUCAUUGGGUAAAUAAAAGAAACUAGUCUUAUUUCAA